GAAGCAGUUAGCAAUCGCGGAAUAUUGAAGCGACGAUCGACCAGAAGCAGUUCAUAAGCAAUCGACAUCGACGAUCGACCAGAAGCAGUUCAUAAGCAAUCGACAUAAUAUUGAAGCGACGAUCGACCAGAAGCAGUUCAUAAGCAAUGAGCAUGUCGACGGCUGUUAGACUAUGUGGAGAGUGUCCGAUGGAGCUGAAUUUGGAGCUGUUGUAUCCUAACCAGCCGCUGCUUUCAGAAUGCGAAUGCGGUUAUCAGAUUUGUUUUGGAUGUUGGAACAGCCUAGUAGCACGGUACAAGAAAGGUGCUGUAGGGACUUGUCCUGCGUGUGGUAAACGCUAUGAUAAGGCCAGAUUUGUUUCCAGGCUACCGAGGCCAAAGCCGAAAGCGAUUGCAUUUACUACUGUAACUGUGAGGGGAAUACCUCUCAAAUUUGCUAAUGAUGCUACUUUGAUGAGCAAUACAUGUUUUGGGAAAUACGGGAAGGUGACUAAGGUCUCAAUUGCAAGAAAAGCUGAUGGGGAAAUUUUGUUCUAUAAACCCAGUAUAUGCUUUGAAAUAGAAGCAACGUUUGAAAAAAAACAGAAUGCUCUGCAGUGCAUUAAAGCCCUGAAUGGCUUCAAACUAGAUGGAUCACAGUUGGUGGCAAGUUACGCGAUUGGGUCUGAUUAUAUGGAUCGCGGGGGCGACGAAUUUCCUGCUCCUCUCCUGGAUGAUACUGAUGAAGUGGUCCCGAACGAAAGGGGAGCCAGUAAUCGCGGACAAUCAAUAAGUGGCAUACGUGUGGAUGCGGAAGUUGCUGAUGCACUAAAGAUGGAUGACUGUUGUGGGUGAGCUGGAGGUGAGCUGGACAUGAGCUGGCGCUGAGUCAGAUAUCCGGGAGCUAAUAGCUAGUCGGUUAUUAGAGGCAUCUUAACAAUAAACCUCUUCUGAUUUUGUAUAAUCCUUUUUUCUGAAUGAGUAUUUUGGUAUUCU